UAUUAGAUUUGUAUCAGAAUUAAUUGCCAAAUAUGUAACGUAAACAAAAAUGAGUCGAGUCUGAAUACGAAAAUAAAAGGUAAAAUGUGUAAUUUUGUUAUUAAAAUAUGUAUAUUUGUUCGAAAUAAGUUCAAUAUAAAAAUAUACGGUUUAAACUACGUCGAUGAUGUUCUCGAUCUGAACAUUGAAAGCUACUGCCCUCGCGUUGUGGUUAGUACAAACUACAAGUAUCCAUAUUUAGAAAAUUUUGCAUCGCAUUAAAAAUUUGAGAUUUGAACAGAACAGUCGCUAAGGUAAAGAUUAAAUUUCACGCGCGGGAAUCAUUAUUCUUGUUUUAAAUUUUCAUAUCGUAUUACAUGCAUAGAAGUCGAUAAGAUGAAUCACUGACACUCUAAGCGCGGCACACGUGCGCAAUGUGAUGUCAACAAUUUGUAACGUAAUAUGUGAGACGUGCGAUUUACGGUGCACGUAUGCAGAGGAACCAUGUACAUUUUAUUAUUAAUUACAUACUGAUGGCAUGAUGGUGUAAUUUUGUAUUAAUUGCCAAAUAAAAAGCAGAAUUAUAUUGCGAUAGAAAUUCUUAAUUUCGAAAGUAUCUUGUGUAUAUUGGACAUAAAUACUAUUUUUAUAAACAUUUUCAUGGUUAUUUCUUGCUGCGUUUAUUGAAAACUUAAGGUAGAUCAAAUGUUUUCACAAGAUUGUUACCAGAGGUUGCGAAAAGAUUAAGAUUCAGCAUUAAAAUGAUACUUAACCUCAAAGUUUUCUAACCCUGUUGAUUAAUUCUUCCUAUACCGUCAUAUAUUAACGAAUGUAAAACAGUGAAAAACUGAAAUAAUAUGGCGGGUCAGCAACAUCCUUUUCCAUCUGGGUUUCCCAAUGUACAACAAUCUACACUGAGGACACAAUUUGGUGGAGGACAAAUGGUAUCUGGUCUAAUGGGACCACAACAAGGUGAUAAAAUUUUUUUAGGUAUGGUAAACCCUCAACAAUUUGGAGUAGGUGUGGGUGUUGGAGUCGGAGUAGGAGGAGUAGGCUCGAAUGCAAUGGGUAUGCCCAGUGCUCAACAAGUAUUGGCACAGCAACAACAACAACAAUCUGUUGCAAUGCAACAACAAAUGCAACAGAUGCAACAACAACAAUUACAAUUACAACAGCAACAACAAGCUGUUAUGGUACAACAGAAUAAUCAAACCAGUAAUCAAGCUACAACUCCUCAAACACCGGUGCAGCCUACGCAACCACCACCUCAACAACAACAACAAAAUAAAGAAUUUAACACUGCUAGUUUAUGCAGAUUUGGUCAGGAAACUGUGCAAGAUAUUGUCACUCGCACUUUAGAAGUCUUUCAAACAUUGAAAGUCUUACAACCACCAAAUGGCAUGGCGCAAGGAACGAGUUUAGCUAAUGAAAAAAAGAAUAAAGUACAAGAACAGCUAAGAACAUUGAAAUUAUUAUUUAAACGCUUAAGACUGAUUUAUGAAAAAUGCAAUGAAAACUGCCAACUUCAAGGUAUGGAAUAUACACACAUAGAAAGUUUAAUUCCUUUAAAAGAAGAAUGGGAUAUGAAGUCUGACGAGAAAAAGACAUCCGAGGCUUACAGACUGGCUUGCGAAGAGAGCAAAGAAAUUAUGGAGCAAGUUGUAUUAAAGAAUAGGCAUCUUAAGGAAAUCAUUGAUCACUUACGGCGCAUCAUUUCAGAAAUAAAUACAAUGUUAAAUAUGCGUCGUUCUUGA